AGUAGGCGGGGCGCCUGUAAAGCGAGGUCCGGGGACGGUAAACAACCGUUCGUGGUGGAGUUUGUGAAAGUCUGAACCGAACAUGGAGCGCGCCGCGGGAGCGCGCACUAAGCUGCAGCCGUAACGGAAAAGCGGGAACAGGUCAGAGGAGUCAUACCCGACCGAGCGCGAGCCCAGGGCGGUUCUGGCUCGGUCCGGUUUUGUCUGAGGGGGACCAGCCAUGGCGGGACGAGGGCGGGGCCGUAGGCCUUUCGGCACGGACUCGAGCAUCAGCAGGGGAGAAGGUCUCCCCCCAGGACUUCAGCAGCCCACGCCUGUGUUUCCUGUGAUGGAGCAGAAGCCCCUCCCCCUGGCAGGUGGAGAAGAAGCAGAGUAUCUAUUGGCCCUGAAGCAGGAUUUUAGAGGAGUGAUGAAGAAUCUGCCAUUCUUCAUCAAGCCAGCAGCAGCACAGCGAGAUGUUCAGCGCUACUCGGACAAAUAUCACAGCAGCGAGCAGACGAACAGCCUCACGGACUGGAACCUGGACUGGAGACGAUUCCCCAGAGAGCUGCAGGUCCACAUCAGGAGGAGAGUCAGAGAAGGUCUGGCCUUCAGCACCAUGGAUAGUUCUGUGCCAGUCCAGAAGAAGAAGAAGAAGAAGGAGGAAGAGGAGGUGCUGCUCAAACUGGAGUGUCUGCAGACCCUGGAGAAGAAGGAGGAGCAUGAGCAGAGCUCAGAGGAGGAGGAGGGAGGGGUGAAGAAGAAGCCGGAGGAGGAGGAGGGAGCAGAGGCAGAGGAGGAGUAUGAUGAGGAAGAACUGGAGGAGGAAACCGACUACAUCAUGUCGUACUUCGACAACGGCGAGGAAUUCGGCGGCGACAGCGACGACAACAUGGACGAGGCCAUUUACUGAGCAGCUGCUGCACGUGCACGCCACGUGCACGCGUGUGACUGAAGAGGCAGUCCAACCUGGUGUCACCUGCUGCUCCAAUAAACAGACGGUCACGUGACCUCGUGUGUCGACCUGCAGCCAACAGUCUGACGUUUGAUCCUUUCGGGCCGUACCAUACUUCACCACCAGGGGGGGCCGACGUCCCACCUACUGUUGGCGCUGGAGCUUCUGCUUCCAGGAGGUGACGUCAGCCUGAAAGCUUCAGUUUAGUUUUUCAUUUCAAACACAAAACCAACAUGGUGGUUUAAAAGACAUAAAAUAAUAGAGUGUUCUUGAAAAGGAGUGUUCCACCCCCCCCUUUUCACAAAACCUGAUGGUGUACGUAUUUAAUACACGCAUUACUAUUUACAGAUGGUACAAAACGUUCACGGUACUAUUCUGCAUGGAGACUGUGCUAAAGUGACAGUUUUUGUUUAAUCCUUUCUGGCCUCAUCCAGAUCUAUUAGUGACUUCUUGUAGGUUUUUUUGAAUACAUGUAAACUUUUGGUUGUAAACCUUCAUCCAAUCUGUUCCAUAAAUCCACAAUUAGAUAAACACAUUUUCUUUUUGUUGUGUGAAUGGAUUACUUUAGUGUCAGUUGUUUUCUCGUCUCUGUCUGAACAUUUGCUGAAAGCUUCAGGGCUGCGUCUGGAUGGACUUUCAAGUGUGGUUGUACUCAAAGCUACGGUGGCCCUGAAGGUCAAACCCCUCAACACUAAAGCAUGUCAAAGCUCAACAUGACAUGUUAGAAAUCAAAGCUAAAGACCAGAAACUAAAACCCAGAACAUGGAGGCUCUGAUAUUCCAGACAAACGGGUUCCUGGCUGAGUCACAGCUCUGCUCACGGCACGACGAAAUAAACGAGACGAAAUAAACGAGGAUUUUAGUGACCAAA